AUGAGUGGAUGGAACACAAUCGAGUCUGAUGCAGGUGUCUUCACCUACCUGCUCGAAAACCUCGGCGUCAAAGGCGUCCAGUUCGAGGAGCUCCUGACGCUUUCCCCCGACGAACUGGCCCCGUUGCACCCCAUAUACGGAAUUAUAUUCUUGUUCCGCUACCCCUCCGAGGGCUUGCCUGCGCGCCCGCAGGAAUCCUACGACCGAGACGCCGCCGAACGACUCUUCUUCGCACAGCAGACGAUACAAAAUGCCUGCGGCACACAAGCACUCCUGAGUGUUGUCCUCAACAAGACGACCGAAGUAGAUAUCGGCGACAAGCUCUCUGAGUUCCGCGAGUUCACCAUGGUUCUCCCUCCCGAGUUCCGUGGCGAGGCCCUCAGUAAUUCGGAGCUAAUCCGCGACGUUCAUAACAGCUUCGCCAAGAGCAGCCCCUUUGUCGAUGAGACACAAAAGACUGGCGAAGCCGAGGACGCAUUUCACUUCAUUGCCUACACCCCCAUAGAUGGCAAGCUAUACGAGCUUGAUGGCCUCCAACCCGCACCUAUCUCUCACGGCGCCUGUACCUCGGACGAGUUCCCUACCAAGGUCACUCAGAUCCUGCAAGACCGCGUCCUGACAUACGCCAGCUCUGAAAUUCGUUUCAAUGUGCUUGCAAUGGUACGUGAUCCUCGCAUCGCAGCCCGUGAAAUUGGCGAUGCCGAAACGCUCGACCGCGAGAACGAAAAACGCCGAAACUGGCGAUUCGAGAAUGCCCUUCGUCGGCACAAUUUCGUCGGCUUUGCUGGCGAGGUUCUUAAGGGCGUUGUUUCGCAAAAGGUGGAAGGUGGCGAUGAUGCAUACAAUGCUUGGAUUAAGGAGGGCCUCGAACGUAGAAAGCGUGACGAGGAUGCCGUAAGGCUGCGGCGGAAGAUGGGCGGUGGAGGGGACGAGGAUGAGGAGAUGGAGGGUUGA